AUGACCGAGUACGCCUACUCUGCUCAAGCAUACCAAGAUUACAUGUCUGCCCGUGACCGCACCGCGUACUGGGUUCGGUCUUACGCACCAGACGGGACAGAGUUCUACUCGCCCUCUGUGCCCCCCUCCUUCAUGGACGGUCAUAUGGUACUGCGCUACAAUGACGGCCGGCCUGAUAUACCCAUUCCAAGGUCAACCCGGCACCACGACGGUCGAUCACACACCCAUUCACAUAGUCACUCUGGCGCCCGCUCACGGUCGGGCACUAUUGGGGAAUCGCCCCCGAUCUCCCGAGCGGUGUCCCGACGCGACGAGGGCGACAAGCCGGAGCAGAUUCGGAUCCUACCUUCGAAUGGCAAGACCAUCCCGGUACAACCAGGCCACACGCGUUCCAAGUCGCUUCCUCGAAAGGCCGAAGUUCGCGACACUGAAAACAUUCCGUUCCCAUCCUCCCAUACGCAGAGCCCACCCUACUAUUCAUCGCACCACUCAAGUCGUUACCCCCAGUCCGCCUCUGCUCAUCAACCUGGUUUCACUCCGGGAUGGAGUCCUCCGCACAACGCGCACAUGAAGCACGCGCACGCCAACAUUUAUGCCCCUUCCCACUACACCCAACAACCCCCCGUCAUGCUACAUCACCAACCUCCCAUGGGCCCCAACGGCAUGAUCUAUAGUCACUCUGCGCCGCCAGCAACCGGCUACUACGCUCCUAAUACGUACUCGACACCAUAUCCAACUGGGUCGCACCGACAUAGCUCUUCGACGCACGAUGUCAGACGCGGACGCACCCGUUCCACGGGGCGGAGGAACUCCGCGGCAGUAUCGAGGGAGUCCCUCCAUCGAAGUGAGAAGUCAGGGAGUACGUACUACCACGGCCAAAAGCCAUCCAGUACUGAGCACUCGUCAUCGACAAUGAAGUCGCCAACCUCACCUUAUGCGUACAUCAAGAAACCGUUUUUCCAACGCUUGUUCAGUUUCCCAAAGUUCUCGUCCGCGGGUCCAGCUCGAGGACCAGGUGGGAGAAAACUCCACCGCCGUCACUCCAUCGGCGCGCGAUAG